CGAACUUUCGGAUUCCAAACAAAUGCACAUGUGGGUCAAAGUUGAAGUUGGAAUAUUCGGCUGUGGUGUCGGGUUACAUUGCUGGAGAAGCUAGUGGGUUGCCACAUCAUCGACUUUGAGGAACCGGAUUGGAUUGAAUAUAUAUACAAUGAAUUAGAAAAAGAAUUAUAGAUGUAUACAUCGAUGCGUUUCAACAUGGAAAAUACGAAGAAAAUCAGUUUAUAUAUCAACGCGCUUAUCUUGAUUUAUGGCUCAUAUUCUGUGGCUUCCUUGGAAGAUAAGGAGCUGAAGCUGAUAACAAUAGCCACAGAUGUUACAGAUGGACUUAGAAGAUAUCUCAGAUCAACAAAUAAAUAUGGUUUGGAUGUGGAGGUUUUUGGAAUGGGACAAGAUUGGAGGGGUGGGGAUGUAGCCAAUCAUGCAGGAGGAGGUCAUAAGGUCAAUAUUCUUAAAAAAGAGCUGGAGAAAUACAAGGCCCAUGAUGACCUCAUUCUUAUGUUUACAGACAGCUAUGAUGUUGUCCUGACUGCUGGGAAGAAAGAAAUUUUGGGAAAAUUCAAGAAAUUAAAUGCCCGGGUUGUAUUUUCUGCUGAGGGAUUCUGCUGGCCAGAUCCAUCACUAGCUACAUCAUAUCCUAUGGUAAAGGAAAACGAAAAACGCUACCUAAAUUCAGGAGGAUACAUAGGUUAUGCUAAGGACCUUUAUGAGAUAAUCACCCUCCGUGACAUAAAGGAUACGGACGAUGACCAACUGUAUUUCACCAACAUCUUCCUGGACAACACACUAAGGAAAAAAUGGAACAUGAAGCUUGAUGUAAAAUCAGAUCUUUUCCAAAACUUGAAUGGAGCUUUAGAUGAUGUUACUAUCAAAUUCAAGAGUGACCACAGUUUUGCCUACAAUGUUAAAACUGGGACUACUCCGAUUGUGGUGCAUGGAAAUGGCCCAAUCAAGCCUCAGUUUAACAGAAUUGCUAAUUAUCUGGUAGAUGGUUGGACCUCACAGAGUGGAUGUCUUUCCUGCAAGGAAGAAACCAUCAGCAUCAAAGAUUUAAAAGAUGAAGAAUUCCCUACUGUUUUAUUGUCACUUUUCUUUGAACAACCAACACCAUUUGCAGAAGAGUUCCUGGAAAGAAUAGCCGAACUGAAAUAUCCAAAGUCAAGAAUGGACCUUUUCAUUCAUAAUAAUGUGGAGUUCCACAACAAGGAUGUGGCUAAUUUCCUGGAAAAAUACAAUGACCUGUACAGAUCUACCACUGUGUUAAUGCCAUCUGAUGGAAUCCAUGAACCUGCUGCUAGAAACUGGGCCAUUGAGGUGUGUAAACAGAAGAAUGACCAAUAUUUGUUUUCUGUGGAUGUCUAUGCUCAAAUCACUGACCCAGAUACAUUGAUAGAUCUUAUAGAGCAAAACAGGACUGUUUUGGCACCCAUUUUGACCCGCCCUUACAAACUGUGGUCCAAUUUCUGGGGAGCUGUGGACAGAAAUGGCUGGUAUGUGAGAUCUGAGGACUACAUAGACAUUGUGGAAAAGAGGAAAAUAGGAUUAUGGAAUGUUCCUUACAUCACUGGGUCCUAUCUCAUUCAUGGCUCUCUAAUGAAAGAUCUCCGGGAUAUCUUUGUGGCAGAGGGAAAGGAAGCUGACAUGGCCUUCUGUGGAGGACUCAGGCAAAGGGGUAUUUUUAUGUAUGCCACCAACAGAAAAAUCCAUGGUCAUCUUGUUGAGUACGAUGAUAUGGAGACUUCUCAUCUUCACAAUGACCUCUAUCAAAUCAUUCAAAACCCCUACGAUUGGGAACAGAAGUACAUUCAUGAAAAUUAUUCCAAAAGUCUAGAAGUUGAGGGUAUCAAUCAACUGGUGCAGCCCUGUCCAGAUGUUUUCUGGUUCCCCAUUGUGAGCAACAGGUUUGCUGAUGAUCUCGUGGCUGAAAUGGAGCAUGCUAAUCAGUGGUCAGGUGGCAAAAAUGAGGAUCCCCGUCUGGCUACAGGGUACGAGAAUGUCCCCACCGUAGACACACAUAUGAACCAGAUAGGACUGGAGAAGCAGUGGUUACACUUCCUUAAGGUGUAUGUAUCUCCUCUACAGGAGAAGGCAUUCGCAGGAUACCACAGUGAUCCUCCUAGAGCAAUAAUGAACUUUGUGGUACGAUAUAGACCAGACGAGCAAGACAGAUUACGUCCACAUCAUGACUCUUCAACAUUCACCAUCAACAUUGCUCUUAACACACCUAAAGUGGACUUUGAGGGAGGAGGAUGUCGCUUUAUACGAUACAAUUGCAGCGUGACAGCAACACGAAAAGGAUGGAUGUUGAUGCAUCCGGGACGACUAACUCAUUAUCAUGAAGGCCUUGUUGUUACCAAAGGGACGCGGUAUAUCAUGAUUUCAUUUGUGGAUCCUUAAUAAACAACCGCAUUUUUUUAGAUGUGUCAUUUCUUCAAAAUUCAUCUAUAGUGUUGUACAGUUUGUUGAGUGCACUGUUAACAUGUAAAUGUAUGCUUUAUACUUGAAUAGGUGAAAUGUAGAGUGAAUGAUGUUAACAUUUUUUUUUUCAUUGAAUUACAACAUAGGGGAAAUUAUCUGAAUUUAUUUCUUACAAAAGCAAGUUACAUGAUAUUUGAAAAUUUGAUGUUUUGAUACAGUGUUAGCUGAGUUUAACACUAUUUACAUGGAAUUAUGAGUAUGGAAAUACUUGUAUAUGUAACAGAAGUAAUGUGAUAUAAAAGCCAAAAAAAAGUCCUCUGGAUAAAGAAAAUCCACUGAAAGAGAAUGACUGCAGGAGUGUGGUUUUUGAUUGUAUGUUUGAGAUGCCAGUUCAAAUGAUUUUAGCUCUCCUGAGCCAAAGGCUCAAGUGAGCUUAUCUGAUCGAAGGGAGUCUGUUGUCACAAACUUUUCACUUUUUUAUCUUUUUCUGCAGAAACACUAGGCCAAUUUUAACCAACAUUGCCACAAAGCAUCCUUGGGUGAAGGGAGAUUCAAGUUUAUGUUCAAAUGAAGUGCCAUGUCCUCUUUCAAGGGGAGAUAAUUAAGAUUUAGUGAAAAUUUAAUGGGAUCUUUUUAAAAACCUUUUCAAGAACCAGUGGGCCAGAAAAGAUGAAACUUAAGUGAAAGCUUCAUUACAUUGUGUAGAUUCAAGUUUAUUCAAAUCAUGACCCCUGUGGAUAGGGUGGGGUCACAAAAGGCAAUCAAAGUUUACCACAGGAGUAUAUAAGAAAAAUCUUAACAAAUCUUCUUCUCAAGAACAGCAAAGCCAUGAUCUUAGUCAUAUUUAUAUGGAAACAUUCUCAGGUGAUGUUCAAAUGAUGACCCCUGAGGGUAGGGUGGGACCAAAAUUGGCAGUCAAAGUUUUACAUGAUAAUAUUAGGAAAAUUCAAUCUUCUUUUCAUAAACAGUAAAGCCAUGGUUAGUCAUGUCUUCACUGAAAUAUAUUCAGGUAGUUUAGAUGCAAGUUGUUCAAAUUUUGAGAAGGACAGAGCCACAAUUAGCACUCAAAGUUUUAUGGAGGAAUAUACAGGAGAAAUCUUAUUUUUCAAGAUUACAGCUUGCCAUGAUUAGUCAUUUUCAUAUGGAAGUAUCCUCAGGUAGUGUAGAUUCAAGUUUCUUCAAAUCAUGGCCCCUUUGGGUGUGUAGGAGUCACAAUGGGUGAUCAAAUUUUGACAUGGGAAUAUGUAGGAAAAAUCAUUUCAAGAAGAGCAAAGCCAUGACUAGUCAUGUGUAUAUGGAAACAUAUUCAAGUAGUAUAUUCAAGUUUGUUCAUAUCAUGACCCCCUAGGGGUAGGGUAGGGCCACAAUGGUUUAUCAUAGAAUUAUAUGGGGAAAAUCUGUUUAUGAAAAGCAGGGCCAUAGUGACUUGGUGAGCAUUGUGGUCCAUGGGCCUCUUGUUUAAAUCUUCCCCUGAUUUGCUGAUAGUUUAUCUCAAACAAAAUAGACAUGUAUCAUAUAAUAUGGUGCUUUAUCAUCUUUAUACACUAUGAAAGACUAUUUACUAGUAUUCUGUAUAUAUGUAUAAGCAGUCUAAAUGUGAAAAAAUUGUUUUAUUCCUAUUUAAGUGACAGCUUUAAUUCAGUUUAUUUUUUUCAAUCGACGAAGCUUUUAAUUGUAUAUACAUGUAGCAACAACAGUUUUAGUAAACAAUGUUAUCUAGUCAUUAUGAAGUGUCAUAAAUAUCUCAGAAUUUUUUGAAUGCAUUUGAAAUAGAAAGAAUGUCCAAAAUUGCCUUGGAGGGAUGCAUGUAUAGCUUAUAUUGUUUUGAAAGGUCUUGUCGGUAUUUUUUUGUUAAUGAAGAAUAUUUUUUACAUAGUUAUACAUGUACAUCUAACUUCAAGGAGUAAAGAUACUAGGUCUAAUUGUGAUUACUGGAGUACAAGAUCAGUUUUUUAAUUAAUAAUAUUACUGAAAUUGUCUGUAUGAUUAUAUGUUUUACUUUAAAGUUAACUUUUGUUAACUCAGAAUGAAUCUCAAAUGUGAUAAAUCUAUAAAUGGUCUUUCAUG